AUGGCAGCCAAAAGCUACGCUCCACUAUCCCUUCUCGUCCUCCUCAUCGCCUUCAUCUACGCGCGCUGGAGCAUUUUGCCGACUUUUUACUUGAACGCCCCAGGCAGAUUGACUCCCAUCAAUGCCGUGAAUUCCGAAGGAUCCUACGAGGUCCGAUUCAAGCAUUUUAUUCGCAAUUGCGAAGAUAUUCAUUUGAAUGAAGAGGAGGGAUGGGUUAUGUUGAGUUGUGAUCCGGGGAGGGAUAAAUGGAAUACUGUUUUGGGAAUUCUGGAGGACUCGUCUACUCACCCCGAUGCGGGAAUUUACAUGUGGACGUACAGAGAAGCACCUCAAAGUCGUCCGUUCAAAUUGCAAUUGGACCCCGUGCACGAGGGCGCAGAUGCCUUUCAUCCCCUGGGAAUAGAAUAUCAUGAAGAGAGCAAGAGACUCUUCGUCAUCAAUCACAAUCCCUCGGGCACUCGACUCGAAUGGUACAAAGUAGACAUACUUUCCAAAACCGCCAAACUCGAAGGCACCUUCCGCGAUGCGCAAAACCUCCCUACACCUAAUGCUCUGGUGGCAAUUAGUGAGAACGAACUCCUCAUCACCAACGACCACUACAUGCCCAUUCGCGACCAUCGCACUCUCGCUCGACUCGAAACUUACGCGGGCAUCGCCGGCGGCUCCAUCGCUCACAUUCAUCUCAGCGGCAGCGACAAUUCUCCCCAAAUCACAACAUUGACUCGCAUGCCCUUCGCAAAUGGAAUCGCUCUCCUCAAUAAAUCCACCAUCGCAGUCGCCAGCAGCAGCACAGCAUCCAUUCGCCUCUUCCACGUCGACUGGUCUCAAAAAACAACCGGCCAAGCUGCUGCUGCUGCCCCUCCCUCUCUCACACCCCUCUCUUCCAUCCCUCUACCCUUUCUCCCGGAUAAUCUCAGCGCCGAUUCGAAAGGAACUUUGCUCAUCGCCGGCCAUCCUCACACGCCCAGUGUCGAACGCGUGGGGAAAGAGAAUCGAUAUUGUCAGGUUGAGGCGACUUCUCCUACGGCCGAGGAAGAUGGGAAGAAGUGUGAUCCGAAACUUCCGAAGAUGAGUUGGGUGGCGGAGUGGAGUGCGACGAAGGGUUUGAAGAAUUUGUAUGUGGGGAAGGAAUAUGGAACGGCUUCGAGUGUGGUUAAGGAUUGGAUUUCGGGGGUUGGGAUGGUGGUGGGGUUGUAUGAGAAUGGGUUGAUGAUGUGGACUUUGGAUAAGGAGUGAGGGAGGAUGUACAUGAGGUUGAGGGAUGGAAUGGAAAACUGAGGUGGUCGGCUCGGUGUGUAGAAGAAAUGGUGGAAGAGGAAGAAGAGGAUGAAGAAGAGGGGAAACAAGGAAAUACCUGAUGAAAGGGGAAUCUGUAGAGGAUGAUUAUGAU